CAACCGGAGGAAGGGAGAAAGAAGGAAGGAGCAGGAGGGGUGGGGGGCGGCGACGACAGUGGAAUCCGAUCGUAAGGCGGAGUAAUCGGCUCCGACUGUUACCCUUCUUUCCUGUGGCGGAAGAAAAGGGUGAUUGACGUUAAUUCGCAGCCUGACCGUUCCGGUCACCGGAGCGGUCGGGGUUGCUUGUUUUUCCUUCUCGCCCACCAUCCUUUUCUGAUUCCGUCAGGGUGGUAGGGCGUUGUUUUUCUGAUUGGGGGGCCGGCAGUCUCAAUCGAUCGUCUUCUCCUCGUGAUUGAUUCGGCUGGUCGGCGAAACGGUUUGAAACGCAGGUAUAUACCGUCGUCUUGGGUUCUUCUCCGUUGUCAACACGAUGGUGAUGCAAGUGAGAAACGGGAAUAGUAGGGAGACGACGGCUUGGGACCAGAUCUUGCUGGACCCUGAUGCGUGGCCCCCUGGUUUUCGGUUCCAUCCGACGGACGAUGAGCUCGUCCAGCAUUACCUGAAGAGGAAGAUAUGCGGUCGGCCACUCAAGCUCGACUGCAUCGGAGAGGUCGAUGUUUACAAGUCCGAACCUUGGGACCUGCCUGAUAAGUCUCUGAUAAGGAAUGGAGACAGGCAGUGGUACUUCUUUAGCCCAAGGGACAGGAAGUAUCCGAAUGGAGCGAGGUCGAAUCGAGCCACGAAAUCUGGCUAUUGGAAGGCCACCGGCAAGGAUCGGAUAAUUUCUGUCAACUCUCGAGCAGUGGGCACCAAAAAAACUCUGGUUUAUUACAUUGGUCGUGCUCCCAAGGGCGAAAGAACCGACUGGGUGAUGCAUGAGUACACCAUAGGGGAGGAGGAACUGAGAAACUGCAGGACCGUGCAGGAUUAUUUUGCUCUUUAUAAGGUUUACAAGAAGAGUGGACCAGGACCCAAAAAUGGGGAGCAGUAUGGGCCACUGAUUAGGGAGGAAGAUUGUGCCGAAGAGGAAGAUGGCAAUGUCAACGAGAACACUGAGCAACUGAAGGUGCUGCAGUUCAGUGCUUCUGCUGUUGCUGGUGGUGGUGAUGAAAGCUCUUAUACUAAUGGAAGACAAACGGCUGCGCAAUCUGGCGUGUCUCUUGAAAACCAAGGCGCCGGCGAUGUUUUGCAGGAUCUUUUAUGGAAGAUACUUGAUGAACCUGACUCUGGACGCCCGCAGUCUGUGGAUAAUUUGGAUGAUUUGUUGUCGAUGCUUGUUCAACCUGGCAUUGCACAGCCGCAAACUCUGGAUAAUUAUCAUCUCUUACAGGCCGGUGCUGAAGUGAAAAUUCAUGGGUGCGCCGUAGAUCAAUCUUCUGUUGAUGCUCCAUUGGAGCAGUGGCUCCCUAGUGAUGCUGGCGAUGGUGCGGAUGCCGCUAGUUCCCACUUUGAAAAUGCAGCCGUUCCGUUUAGUCCAUCUUCACAAAAUCCUCUGCUAAUGCAGAACCUGCCUGAUGGGCAGCAGGAUAAAGAUUUCUUGGAAUUGAACGAUCUUCUUAACAACAAUUUCUGCGACCCAUCUUUUCAUAAUGGUGCACAAACAUGGACUGAUAAUCCACCGCACCAUAUCGAUGCAUUUGACGAUGCUUAUCCCUUCUCUGAUGCUUUACCAUUUCUUGAUGAGUUCGGCCUUCCAGAUGAUUCACACUCGACGUUGCCUCAGCCUUUCCACCAGGGGGUACCAAAUAGCUCACAAACAUAUGGGGACGUGUUUAACCAUCAAAUGGUUGAUCAGGUGGGAGGAUAUUACUCUUCAACUCCAUUGUCUGGUGGAAAUCAACAAGUUAUAUGCAGUCAAUUGGUAGCCCAUGAGUCUAAUCAUGUGGCUUUAAAUCCUCCAUCAGGCGUUAUAUACAAUGGUUCUAGUACAAUCUAUGAAAGCCAGGACAUGGAACCUGAAGGAGGCAGGCCCCCUAUUAAUUCUACAGAAUCCUGGUACAACUCCGUUCUUGUUGGUUUUCUCGAUUCAAUACCCACCUUUCCUGCCUCGGCUUCUGAGCAUCCGCUGCUGAAGCGCAUGUCAAGCUUCCGGGCAACCACCACUGUAGAAGCUGUGGCUUGCCGAUGCUUACAGGACCCCAACGCCAACUGUGGCUGCUCGUGUGGCACUGCUGUUACUACGACUACGACUGGUGGCGUUGGGAGGGCUUGGAGUCCUGAUGGCGGUAGAAGAGGUCUGUUCUUCGUCUCCUUUUUGGUAGUCAUCGCUGCUGUGUUAUGGGCGGUCGUCAUUGGUGCUGGCCUGAAACUUUUUAAGUUAGUCAUAGGCAGGCUCACUAAAAGCUGAGUAGCCAUUUUGUGUUCUUCUACCUUUUAUUACCCUGUAAAAGCUAUGUAUAUCUAUUAUCUGGAGAUCAAGAACCUUUUUGAAUAACUCUUCUCGAGAAUGACCUCAUUCUGUACAAAUUGUAAGGUUUGCUUUCUUAACAAGAAGCUUUUUGUUGAUCUUCUCGGAAA